AUGGGUUUCAGAUUUUUAGAUAUUGUGAAACCAUUCUCACAUUUAAUUCCAGAAGUCGCUCAACCAGACAGAAAGAUCCAAUUCCGUGAAAAGAUUCUAUGGACUGCUAUGUCAUUGUUUAUCUUUUUGGUUUGCAGUCAAGUACCAUUGUACGGUAUUAGAUCAAACGAUUCUUCAGAUCCAUUCUACUGGAUGAAGGUUAUUAUGGCCUCGAACAGAGGUACAUUGAUGGAGUUGGGUAUCGGUCCAAUCGUUACCUCUGGUAUGGUUAUGCAAUUGUUGGCUGGUGCCAAGUUGAUUGAAAUCGAUCAAUCAGUCAAGGAGGACAGAGAUUUAUUCAGUGCCGCUCAAAAGUUGUUUGGUAUGUUGAUCUGUAUCGGUCAAGGUACUGCCUACAUCUGGUCGGGAACCUACGGUGAUCCAGCUGUUUUGGGAUUCGGUAACGCUUUCUUGAUCAUCUUGCAAUUGUUCUUUGCCGGUAUCAUUGUUAUGUUACUCGAUGAGCUCCUCCAAAAGGGAUACGGUAUCGGUUCCGGUAUUUCAUUGUUCAUUGCCACCAACAUCUGUGAGAACAUCAUCUGGAAGACCUUCUCGCCAACCACCGUCAACACUGGUCGUGGUACCGAGUUUGAGGGUGCCGUCAUUGCCUUGUUCCACUUGCUCCUCACCCGUACCGACAAGGUUCGUGCCCUCAAGGAAGCCUUCUACAGACAGAACCUUCCAAACAUCACCAACUUGCUCGCCACCAUUUUCAUCUUCUUGGUCGUCAUCUACUUCCAAGGUUUCCGUGUGGAUCUCCCAGUCAAGUCCACUCGUAUGAGAGGACAACAAGGUUCCUACCCAAUCAAAUUGUUCUACACCUCCAACAUCCCAAUCAUCUUGCAAUCGGCCUUGGUUAGCAACUUGUAUUUCGUCUCGCAAUUGUUGUACCGUCGUUUCCCAGACAACAUCUUGAUCAACUUGAUCGGUGCCUGGAAGGUCACUGAAUACGGUGGAAUGAUCCCAACCGGUGGUUUGACCUACUACAUCUCGCCACCACCCAAUAUGUCUGCUGUUUUGGCCGACCCAUUGCACUCAAUCUUCUACAUUGCCUUCAUGUUGACCUCCUGUGCUUUGUUCUCAAAGGUCUGGAUCGAAGUCUCUGGUUCCAGCGCUCGUGACGUUGCCAAGCAACUCCGUGACCAACAAAUGACCAUGAAGGGUCACCGUGACAGCUCACUCGUCAAGGAACUCAACCGUUACAUCCCAACCGCUGCCGCUUUCGGUGGUCUUUGCAUUGGUGCUCUCACCGUUAUUGCCGACUUUAUGGGUGCUAUUGGUUCUGGUACUGGUAUUCUCUUGGCCGUUACCAUCAUCUACCAAUACUUUGAGACCUUUGUUAAGGAACAACAAGAUUUCAGUGGAUUGACUGGUUUGUUCUAA